AUGAAGAAGCAAAAUGUACGCACCCUAUCAUUAAUUGUGUGCACAUUUACUUAUCUACUUGUCGGUGCCGCUGUGUUUGAUGCACUUGAGUCUACUACUGAGAGAAAUCGAUUUGAAGUUUUACAAGCUAUAGAAGGUAUGAUAAUCCGAAAGUACAAUAUAUCAGAAGAGGACUUCCGUGUUAUGGAGACUGUUGUAUUGAAGUCGGAGCCGCACAAGGCUGGACAGCAGUGGAAGUUCACUGGCGCAUUCUACUAUGCUACUACUGUGCUGACUACUAUUGGCUAUGGUCACUCCACACCGGCGACAAUCGGUGGAAAACUAUUCACCAUGUUCUAUGCUAUAGUUGGUAUUCCACUUGGACUCAUCAUGUUUCAGAGUAUCGGUGAAAGGGUUAACAGGCUUAGCAGUGUCAUUAUAAAGUCCAUCAAACGAGCAAUGAACUGUCGACAAACGCAUGCGACUGAAGUGGAUCUUAUUUGCGUGGUGACCGCUUUAUCGUCAUUGACCAUAGCUGGUGGUGCAGCGGCCUUCUCCAAGUUUGAGGGUUGGAACUACUUUGACAGCGUCUAUUAUUGUUUCAUUACUCUCACAACGAUUGGCUUUGGCGAUAUGGUGGCACUACAAAAGGACAACGCGCUCAACCGUAAGCCGUCCUAUGUGAUGUUUGCGCUGAUUUUCAUCCUUUUCGGCUUAGCCAUUGUGGCGGCGUGCCUCAACUUACUUGUCUUGAGAUUCGUCACGAUGAACACUGAAGACGAGAAGCGUGAUCAACAGCAGGCGGAACAGGCUCAACAAGUCGCUGUACGAUUGGAAGGUGACGUCAUCACUGCUGACGGUGACGUGUUAAGGGGCGUGGCCCGCGGGACAAGACUUCCAGCUACGCCGAGAAUGUUAAAAGCUGGUGAUACGUCGAUGAUGCCAUUAUACUCUGAUGAAGAAUACGCGCCAAGUGUAUGCAGCUGCACCUGUAAUUGCUUCGGACAUAAUACGUCGAUCCCGUAUCGUGAUCCUCUGUCGCCGUCCAACAUUCGCCAGAUGCGCCCGCGCCGCAAAGGCAGCAUCCCGAGACACAUAGAGAAAUCCGGCUCUAUCUACAAUUCGCAGACGCUCCGCCUCCACUCGGCCUCUGGCUACCUCCUCAUGAACGCGAAGAACGAAUUUCGGAUAGAGCCGGAGGACUUCCGCGACCUGGUGGCCAGGCGACGCGAACAGCUGCGCCGGGGCAUGCGCAUGUGCCAAUACAGCCCGCAGAGCUCGUACUCUGCGCACGCGCACGAACGGAGCAACGACCCCCUCGUCGACGACUACUUCUCCGAGAAGAACAGCUAUGAGAAGAAGAAACUCAAGAAGAACAUAGACAGGAACGUUCGGUCCGAGAACUAUUUCUACGAUGAUGCGGUGCUGCACUUCGAUGAUGAAUACGCGUUCGACGGUUCGAUUCUCUUCGCGAAGAGGAGAAAAUCCUUCGAUCGCGAUCAGCUGUUCUGCGACGUGGCCAGGUUUAACGCGGAUCAGGUCUCGAAUGAUAGUUAUGGGUACUUUUUGGAUGAGAGUGAUUAUUUUGUGAACGAUACGCUGACGUUCAGCUUGCCACCCCAUCGGGCCAGCAUAUAA